AGAGAUCAUUCCACAGUCCUACAAAUAAAGGAAACAUACCACUGAAAAUUUUGAAGGAUGGAACCAACUUCAAACCCAAUCUACUCUCAACACGUGGCCGUGAUUGGAGCCGGAGCAGCCGGUCUCAUAACAGCUAGAGAGCUCCUUCGUGAAGGUCACACCGUCGUCGUCUUUGAACGGGAGAAAGAAGUGGGAGGUCUUUGGAUCUAUUCACCUAAAACCGAAUCCGACCCGCUUAGCCUAGAUCCGAACCGAUCCAUAGUACAUUCGAGCGUCUACGACUCUCUUCGAACCAAUAUCCCGAGAGAAAGUAUGGGUGUCAGGGACUUCCCGUUUUUGCCACGGUUCGAUGACGAGUCAAGAGACCCGAGACGCUAUCCAAAUCACAGGGAAGUUCUUGCGUACCUUCAAGACUUUGCUAGAGAGUUUAAAAUAGAGGAGAUGAUCCGGUUCGAGACCGAGGUGGUUCGGGUUGAACCUGUUGACGGGAAAUGGAGUGUCCAGUCCAAAAAAUCGGGAGAUAGUUCCAACGAUGAGAUCUUUGACGCCGUUGUGGUUUGCAGUGGACAUUAUACAGAACCAAACGUCGCUCAUAUUCCUGGUAUAAAAUCGUGGCCAGGAAAGCAGAUCCAUAGCCACAACUACAGAGUUCCUGGUCCAUACGAAAACGAGGUGGUGGUAGUGAUCGGAAAUUUUGCAAGCGGUGCUGAUAUUAGUAGGGACAUAGCUCAGGUCGCUAAAGAAGUUCAUAUUGCGUCUAGAGCGAGUGAAUCUGAUACAUACAAAAAGCUUCCCGUGCCUCAUAACAACCUAUGGAUUCAUUCCGAGAUAGACACCGCCCAUGAAGAUGGGUCAAUUGUUUUUAAAAACGGGAAGGUGGUAUAUGCUGAUAGCAUUGUGUAUUGCACUGGAUAUAAGUAUCACUUCCCAUUUCUUGAAACCAAUGGCUAUAUAAGCAUUGAUGAAAACCGCAUUGAACAUCUAUACAAGCAUGUUUUUCCGCCCGCGCUUGCACCUGGUCUUUCUUUCAUUGGUUUACCAGCGAUGGGUAUACAGUUUGUUAUGUUUGAAAUCCAAAGCAAAUGGGUGGCAGCAGUCUUGUCAGGACGGGUUAAACUUCCCUCACAAGAUAAGAUGAUAGAAGACAUUAAUUCGUGGUAUGCAUCGCUUCAUGCGUUAGGUCUUCCCAAAAGAUAUACACAUAAAUUGGGUAAAAUUCAGUCUGAGUACCUGAAUUGGAUCGCGGAAGAAUGUGGUUGUCCGCUCGUUGAACAUUGGAGAAAUCAACAAAUCGUCCGCGGAUACGAGAGACUUGUCUCCCAACCAGAAACUUAUAGGGAUGAAUGGGACGACAAUGAUCUUAUGGAAGAAGCUUACGAGGAAUUUGGUAGGAAUAAGUUAAUUAGUAAGAAUGGAUUCUCUUCCUUUCAGGGUUGAUUGAUUAAUUAUACUGCAAAACUAUCAAAUGCUUUGCAUAGGAGGAUUACCUCUAAGGCAUGAUGCC